AUGGUGACGUGUGGCUGGAUUGAACAGUGUGUAUGCAAUGCUAAGGUUGCUACUUUGGUCAACGGAGAGACGACUAACUGGAUCAAAACCAAGAGAGGUGUACGACAAUGGGAUCCACUCUCACCUUUCCUCUUUUUGUUGGUGGCAGAGUGCCUUGCCAGGCUGACCAGUGAGGCCACGUCAAACAACCUCUUCAAGGGUAUUGGCCCCUCUGCUGAGAGUACUACUGUACUUACGCAGUUCGCGGAUGAUACUUUCUUUUUCAUCGGGGCCAGAAAACGAUAUAUGAGAAAUCUAAGACUGAUGUGGUAUCUAUUUGAGUGGGCUUCUGGAUUGAAAAUCAACCAAGAAAAGUCCGAGUUCUAUUACCUGGGACAGUCUGAGGGCAAAGCUGCAAGACUUGCGCAAUUGCUCGACUGCAAAGUGGGCUCAUUCCCCACCACCUACUUAGGGUUUCCCCUUUCACCGAAACCUCCAACAAAGGAGGUAUGGAGAAGGGUUAUUCAGAAACUGCAGCAUAGAAUCGAUGGAUGGCAGGCCAAACUACUCUCAAGAGGAGGCACCCAAUUGGGUGAUCAAGCGAAUCGAAGCUUUACGCCGAGAUUUCUUUUGAAGUGGCCAGAAUGGUGUGGGAAUACCACACUUCAAGCGGCUUUUCCGGACGUAUAUGGGCGACUGGACAGUAAUCUUACCUUGGUUAGGGAUUGCUUUGGAAGUAAUGGAUGGAAUUGGAGUAGGAUCUUGGACGACGAGUCUUCUAUUCCGCCGGGCCUAAGACUCACCAUUUCGGAACUCAAAGACAGAGUUAGCAGAUUUCAUAUAGGGCAUAGGGAGAACAGGAUUGGAUGGAGAUGGGGCAGUAACGGUAUAUUCUCAGUUAAAUCGGCUUAUCGAAUGAUGAACGACGGGGGCACGAGGGACGGACAAGCCAAUUUGAUCUGGAGGCUUCGUAUACUACUCAAGAUCGAAGUGUUCUGCUGGCUAGUUCUAAAGAAAAGGACACUUACUCUGGAUAACCUUAGUAAGAAAGGAUGGUUUGGAGACAAGGCUUGUGUGUUGUGCAGGGUUAAUGACGAAUCUGUGGACCACCUGUUCACCCAAUGCAUUUUUACCAAGUAUAACAUGGUUACGGGACUCGAGGAUGUUCGGGAGGGGGAGUUGGGUGAAGACGUACUCGACGUCUGGGAUAGGUGGAAGUAG